GCCUUUAUAGUCUGCCACAUCCUGAUGAGGUUUGGUGGGAAGAGGAAUGCUACUUUUAACAGCAUAUGAAAACCAAAUCUUGACUUUGAGGUAGGAGAGCCCGAUACAGCAAAAAAUAAUAUGCCUUUGAUCAUCUUUCUGCUGGAUAUUUCUGUUUCCCAGAGGAUUGCCUUGUUUCCCAACAGCCUGUGAUUGGUGAAAUAAACGUGGAGGAUUAUGUAACAUCGUGGACUAAAAUCUAAUGUGAGUUUGUUACUUUGCCUAAAUUGCAGCUUUGUACUCCAACAUGAUCUCUGUAUUUAAAAUCAAAUUACAUUCUUAUUUUCUCUAGUAACAGUUAAACAAAAUUCCACUCAGUGAAAUGGGUCUGAUAGCAGAACAUGUUAUUAAAUACUCUUUGAGGCAAAUGUUGUACAAAGAUAUACUUAGGUUUGCAUAAAACAAAGCUUCAUUUAAAGGGGUUUGAUAGAAAGGAGAAAGAGGAAGGGGUAGCAUGUUUAUUUUGAGCACCAACAUCUGCACUUUGAAACAAAGGAAAUAGGUAAAUAAUAUAGUUAGGUUAACAAAAAAAAUCAAUCAAGUCAGAGAAUGUGAUUUGUAUCAGUUGGUGAAUCUCUGAUUCUGUACAGGCUAAUCCCAAAGGAACAGUUAUCUUUGGAGGGAAGGAACGCAGGGGAGCCUGACGGUUAUGGUUCCACCAGAGUAUGAAUUCCUAAAUCUAACACAGACUGUAAAGCUGUGGUAAGGAGGAAACUACAACUGAAGGAGAGCGUGCAGACCUGGAUCUGAUUCUACAGACAUCUCUGCUCCUGCAGCUACUUAGUACUGAUAUUUUACAUGGCCUCAGUCAACUGAGUUUAGGAGCAAAUUUUCAGAUGCCACCAUCUUGUCUUGUAGAUUCAAUCUUCAGCUUUGCAUUUGGAAUGAAUUACAUAUAUUUGUAUUGCAGUUUGUGAUUCGUUUUUAAAUGUAAUUACUACUACUUUGUCCAUCUGCAUUAUGAGAACAUCUUUUGUAUAAGCAUUUGAAGUGCAAAGUUGGAUGUUACUUUCCGGGUAAGAAUCUUCCAAUUUUAUGUAUUUAUUCCUUGUUAGAUUUUUGUCUUAGCAGUUUACCUGGUUAUAAAGGGCAUGUACUGCCCUGUCUCUCAGAAUGGAAAGUUGUAACUGCUGGUGAAUUAGACUGAUUUCAAAACUCUGUAUUUGGUUCUCUCUUUCCUUCUAGGUGUAGAUGCUUGUAGUCCAGUAUGUAUGUGCUGCUGCUUGUGAUUAUUUUGUUAUGGGUGCUGGAGUUAAAUCCCAUGCAGUUCUUGUUGACCUUGUGCAGCCUAAGUCUCUCUGAAUAGUGGCUCUUCUGUCCACUGUAACUCUCCUUUCCAUUCUGUGUCGUCUGCAGACUUGGUGAAUGUUGAUUCAUUUGUGCUAUCCAGAUGAUUUAUAAGAAAACUGGGAAGUACUAGACCUAGUGUCGACCCCUCCGGAGCUCCAUUCAUGACUAUCUACUAGUACAGCUCUGAGCCACCAGUUACCUCAGUGAAAAUGGAAGAAACCCUCUGAGAACAUAGUUUUCCAUGCUGCAUAAGAUCACUGAUAUUAAAUAUGUUUCUCUCAAUUUUCUGAUGUUUUUUGAUAGAUUCAAUUGUUAGGUAGUCUGUAUUCAGUUUUGAAGGUCUAGAAGGGGAAUUCUUACCAGGCAUUAGAGAUUAUUGAUUGAUUAUACCUGUGAAGGUAUGAAACUUUAGCAGUUCUUCGUGUUAGCAUGAAUAGCUGCAAUGGGCUAUUGAUUGUGAAAUCUAACUUUUUUUCCUACAGUAAUAAGUGCUUGCAAACUUAAUUUGCAUUGUGCACUGAUGCACUGCUUUCAUUGCCACGUGUUGCUGGCAAGACCUCUUCACCAUGUCUGGGUGACUGAAAAAAAAUAUUAGGAAAACAUUUACUGUGUUUCUUCAGUAUCUUGUAAUGUAGCCUAGCAGGUGGAACCAUAGAUACGAACCAGGACUGUGUGACAGUCAGAGAACUACCAAGUCAUUAUCAACCCAGUGCCAUGAUGUUCAAUACCAAAUACUGGACCAUUUGUACAGGUACUUCUUCUGCUUCUUACUUGAUUAUGCUGAAUUUUAGAUAGGAGAUUGUCUCUAAAAGACAGUGAAGACCAGUUUAGAGGUAGUCUUUUAGAAUGUUUAGUGAUGACCUCCAUUUAAGCUGGCUCUACUUCCACUAGGAGAGGGAGUUAGUGCAUUUUCAGUUUCUCCUCUUCUGAGUCUGACUGGAUAUAUAAUGUCUCAGGUGCUUCUCUGAGAACUUAUAUAACUAUGUUUCUUCUUUCUUAAACAAAAUACAGCCUUUUUUUCACAAGGAGGGGCACAGUCUUUGCGGAAGCAUUGUUAUUGCUUGUUAGGUUUCUAAAUUUUUCUUUGCUGACAGUAAGUUUGGGCUUUUUAGUUGCUUUUAUAUCAUUUUUCUGCAAAGAUCUUUAGAUUUUACUACAUUUUAGAAACCACUAUUGUCAUACUUUUGAAAGAAAUGGAUUUUAUAGUUAAAACAUUCAGUUAGUGCCAUCAUCUGGAUCUGUUCCCUUGAUUAGCUGAGAUUUCCUUACAGCUGAAAUAGAUUGAGGAGAGGAAAUACAGUGCACACUUCUUUUGCUUUCAAAUGACAAAUGUCUGUGGCUUUAUGUUACUGUGUGAACUGUGCUGAAGGCUUUUUUUGGUACCUCCUCCAACUCCAGGGGACAGAUAUCAGCUGUAUGUCUCUCCAUGCCUGUUCCUGCGAUCGGUCAGCUAGUCUUGUACUCCUUUCCUCGGCUGCUUUGUACUCAGUUAUUGUUUACGGGCUGUGAUGAUUGCUUGUUACUGUGUUAAUGACUUCCUUGAUGAUGGCAAUAUCAGGAAAGUAAACUUUAGUGUUUAAGACCUGUUUGAAAAUCAUCUGUAGUUGUGCUGUCUCUGCAGCUGUUUUUCUGCUUCAUGGAGUUGUAGAACUGUUCCCUGUGGAACUUGUCAGCAGGGCACAGCAGUGAGAAUUGUCCCAGCUCGGUUGUUUGUUGAAGGCUUGUAUGAAAGCAAACCUCACACAUAACACACAACUGUUUUGUGAUUCCUUCACGCUAAAAUGACAAGGCUUUAAAAAUAUAUUUCUGAUUCACUGAAAGGAGAGGAUGCUGGUUUUAGAAUUCAAAACUGGAAAUGUGAGUCUUAGCCUGCCUGGCAGAAACAGAUUUCAUAACAGCUGUUCCCUUUCACUGCCUCAUCAUCUUUGCAUGAAAACAAGUGUCAUAGCCUAAAUCUGAUCUAAAGGUGUAUGCCACUGGAAAGAGCAAAAAAGGCUGCCUGUGUAGACAGUGAUAUUUAACGAAGAAAGACAAUUUUUUGAAUAUGUGACACUUUUUUUGUGUUGCAAGGCAUCCUUUGUUCCCCAGGCAGUACAACUUCAGCUGAGCCUUAUUAAGUAAUAGAGUUCAGAUCAUGUAAUGACUUUUAGGUUAUUUUGUACUAAAACAGGGUUGAUAGGCUUAAAAAAAAAAGGGGGGGGUUAUUUCACAAAAUCAUCAAUGUGCUCCUUAUUGCUGUAGUAACAGCAUGUCGAUUUCAGUAAGUGAUCUUUAAUCUGCAAGUGACUUUUUUCAGUUAAUUUUCAGAGGUUGCAUGAUAUUAAACAAAAAGGAGCUUUUUUUUUUUUUUGGUUUGCAGUUAGUAACCUGCUAAUUUGACAUAGGAAUCUAUCAUUCAGAGUAAGCUUACCUGGUGAUAAAUGAGAUUCCUGAGACUUUCAGAAUGUGCCUGAGGCUCAUAGGCAUAAUACAUGAGUGUGAGCCUUCCCCAUACUUCAGCAGAGGUUGGGAGACUAUCCAAACCAUGGGACUGUUUGUGUUCUGAGUCACUAGAAUGAAAAAAAGCAUAGAACAGACUUGGUAAUACAUGAAUCUUUUAUCACUAUUCCUAGAAAAAAGCCCUAUGCUGUAAAGUCUUGUAUAGCUGUUUCUGUCCUUUGGCAAGAGAAACCAAAGUCUGGUGUGAUUAUCUUUGCUGGUCUAUUCUAGAUGAUGUCAGGGGCUCCAUGUGCACAAAUAAUAUUUCCUACAGUGUUUUCCAGUAUGUUGGCAGUCUGAGGAAUGUUACUGUAGAGCUGGCAGCUGUGAUUAUUUUACGCACUGUGUCAUCUAAAUGACUUCAAAAUCUCUCUUAAUGCUGCACUGUACUAGUAGUCUGUUUAUGCUAGCAGCAUUAUGCUGAUACUGGUGGAAAAGCUGAACCUGUCAUAGCUGUUCUUAACCCAUUAGUGUGUAUAGGACCAAGGACAGCUUGAUACCUCAAUUCAGGUAGAAUUGCAACUCUCCACCACUAAGGGAAUUAACCUGUGCUUGCCAGUAUUUGUGAUAAUCUGAGAAGAGAAAAUAAUGUCACCUUCCUUCACGUCUGAUAUGUUCAACAGUCUUUGUAAAACAUGGAUUGUAUGAUUUUUACCCUACCAAAGGUAGUUGGCUGUGAAGCAGGAAGUCAGAAAAUCCCCGUGGGAUUUGAGAAGACUCACUGAACCAUGGUUACACACAUAGUGACUGUUUGUUUGUACAUUCUAUGACUGUUCCAUUCACAGUAAAGAUGCUGAGUUUAUUCAUGCUGCCAAUACCACCAGUACACAAUUUGGCAAGUGUGUUUCAUUUCUGUUUGUGUAUUUGUCUAGGCAAUGCCUCCUACUCAGGCACUAGGUGAUUACUUCUGUGAGGCACACUCAAACACCAGAAUGCUAGGGAUUAGCAUUUCGAUUUAGAAGUGAAAAUGAAGAUCAGACACCAUGAGUGCUUGUGAAAAAUGCAUGCUGGAGAAGUUACGUGUGUCCCAAAGAACAGGAGGUUAUCUGAGGUGUUAUCUUUUGUUCCUGAUGUAUAUUCCUCGCUGAAUGUCUGUGUUACCUGAACGCUUAUACCUCUACUGACUGACUCCAGUGAGCAUGAUGAGCAGGAGGAAGGAAUACAUGAUGGGCUGAUCUUUGGGGCAUGGGGCAAACAAGCCUGCUGCGCCUCUUAAUUUGCUGGCCUGUGUUGUUUUCUGUGUCAGCUAGAUGAAAGUAAUGAAGGAUUUUGCUUCCUUCUGAGCAUCUUGACUGGAGCAUACAUGGUUCCAUUUUGUUUUCUGUUAACAAUGGACAACUAGUGCAGUGAGAUUUCACUAUAGUGUUAAAACUUUGGUUUUGGCUUUGUUUUUGAUAGGGACUUUCAUUAGACUGUACCCGUGCCCUGAGACAGCUGUAUUAUUAACUUCUGGGUGUAGUUAAAAGAGCUUCUUUCUGACCAAGUCCUGUGGUUAUAGACCUAGGUGAUAUUUUACUUUGGCUCUCCCUUGUCCUAAUGCAUAUCCCACGUACCCUGGCACGUGUUUCCUUGUGGAGGCAAGCGCCUUGCUGCUCAGAGGCUGGGGGCAAAAGGAUCCACUGAGAUGUGAGAUUAAUGAGGAUGGUGGUGAUAUUUCCACUGGUGACGAAGAAAAUAUCUGAAAACAGAUUAGAGUUCAAUCUACGAGCAGACAAAAGUGAAGUUGCAUGUAUAAGGAGUAGAGAAGUAGCUGAAGACAAGUGCAGUGAUAACAGAAGAUCGGGAGAUGAGAUUUUUCUAAGUCGCAUGCAAGAUGCAGCUAGGUAACUGGGUAGAGAGGUCAGUGUUUUACUAGCCAUGGAAAGUAGUUGCUGUUAGGUUCUAGUGCAAUGGGUAAAACACUUUGAGUGGUAACUGUAGAAUAUAAGUGUCGCUUCUUCAGUUAAAAACAUUUCUAAAAUACAUACUUUACAAGACAGUUGACAUAACCUUGUUUUGUGUAGGUUUCAUACUACACAGAUGGAGAUAAACUGAAUACAGUUUACCAGAUGUACUGUAUUUCUUUUUGUUGAAGUAAUUUGGAGAGUCAGAAGGCAGGACCUGAUCAGUAAGGCAGUGAUCUGACUGGUUGCGCACCAUACUACAGCACUGCAAGGCAUACACUCCAGGGUUCCUGUUUCUGUCUUGGAUGGUGUGCUCAUAAACACGCUGCCUGCCUGUACCCAGGCUGAAGUGGUAAAUGCCAACAAUACUUACCUAUCUUGUUACAUGUGCACUUCACGGAUUAGGUGAGAGUUGUCCAACACAAAAGAUCACUCCAGAAAGAAAUCUAGUUCUUUAAGAAGGACUCUUUCAAAUACGUACAGUUCUGAGUAGAAAGUCAUGUUUGUACAGGGGUAUGCAUGUGUGUGCGGGAAUUAGAUUGCACAAAACAGAAUUGACCCCAGAGGUUAGGAUACUAAGAGGAGCAUGUAUCUAGAACUAUAUCUAUUUCCCUGGUAUUGUAUUAGGUCAGUGAUGAAGUUGGUAUUCAACAGACUUCUCAAAAGCAUACAGCACCAUUACAGUUCUGUAAGAUUUAGAGUAAGUCACAAGUGAAAAAUUUUGCAUUUCACAGAAAAAAAAAUAAGAACUUGAGAACUUCCAGUGUUAAGAAUUUUCCUUAUUUAGUUCAGAUGUGUUUUGAGGAGUCUGCCAUAACUGUACCUUGAAUAAGUUGCCAAGGUAGUAUCCUGGGAGUCCAGCUAGCAUAACUUUAAGGUUGUGCUUUACUACCUUUGUAACUGUGAUCACUUGCAACAAAUCUGUAUGUAUGUGUAUCGGGGCAGUUCCAACAAUAGACCAAAUAACCAAGAUACAAAAAUAAUACCCAGAGGUCUGCCUGAUCACAUAGAAUGGAAUUUAUAUUACCCUCUUGCAACAUACUGCAUUCAGUGAAGCAAUACUGUAUGUAGAGGUUCAGCCACGCCUAAACCAGAAAGUCCUUUUGUCCCGAUCCCAUGGUUUUGGUAUGCAAGAAAAAUGUUUAAGUAGGCAGUAAAUGUUGACAGAAUUGCGUUCUUCAUAACUACACUGUUAAUGCAUCUUUGAGUGAUUUAUUUAUUUAUUUAUUUGUUGUAGAAAGAAUUCUGAGAGGGAGUGAGCCAGACCUGUGUAGAUGAAGGAGCCAAGCAUCCCAUGGACAGAUGACUCUGGGGAGCUGCAGUCAACAAAAGUGCUCUCUCUUCUGUGGUCAGCAUGCAGGAAGCCAGAGAUCACAAAUAGAUUCCCCAGCUGGUACAAGUGCCGAUGAUGUCGGUUGACCUACAUAAGCAGAGACCAAUUCAGCAGCCCCUGAAGCUUGUGGAAGUUCAGACAGGCUGCUGAAUGCGAGACACUGACUGUUCGAAGCUGAGCAUUCUGCCAACAUGUCUACUGUCCAUGAAAUUUUAAGCAAGCUCAGUCUGGAAGGAGAUCAUUCUCUCCCUCCAAGUGCAUAUGCCACAGUUAAGGCUUACUCAAACUUUGAUGCUGACCGGGAUGCUGCAGCCCUGGAAGCAGCCAUCAAGACCAAAGGUGUGGAUGAAGUUACCAUCAUCAACAUCCUGACAAACCGCAGCAAUGAACAGAGGCAGGAUAUUGCCUUUGCCUAUCAGAGGAGAACCAAAAAGGAACUUUCUGCAGCACUUAAGUCUGCUCUGUCAGGUCAUUUAGAGGCAGUGAUCUUGGGCUUGCUGAAGACACCAUCACAGUAUGAUGCGUCUGAACUGAAAGCUGCCAUGAAGGGCCUGGGAACUGAUGAAGACACACUUAUCGAAAUCAUUUGCUCACGGACAAAUCAGGAGCUUAAUGAAAUUAAUAGAGUCUAUAGGGAAAUGUACAAAACAGAACUGGAAAAGGACAUUAUAUCAGACACAUCUGGUGACUUCCGCAAGCUAAUGGUUGCCCUGGCCAAGGGCAAAAGGUGUGAAGAUACUUCUGUGAUUGACUAUGAACUGAUUGACCAAGACGCUAGGGAGCUCUAUGAUGCUGGUGUCAAGAGAAAGGGAACAGAUGUUCCCAAGUGGAUCAACAUUAUGACUGAAAGAAGUGUUCCACAUCUGCAGAAAGUGUUUGAAAGGUACAAGAGCUACAGCCCAUAUGAUAUGUUGGAGAGCAUCAAGAAGGAAGUUAAGGGAGAUCUGGAGAAUGCCUUCCUUAAUCUUGUUCAGUGCAUUCAGAACAAGCAGCUAUACUUUGCAGACAGACUCUAUGAUUCCAUGAAGGGCAAGGGAACCCGUGACAAGGUCCUGAUUAGGAUUAUGGUCUCCCGCUGUGAGGUUGACAUGCUGAAAAUUAAGAGUGAAUUCAAGAGGAAAUACGGAAAAUCCCUCUAUUAUUUCAUCCAGCAAGACACAAAAGGUGAUUACCAGAGGGCGCUGCUGAACCUGUGUGGUGGAGAGGACUGAAAGCUGUGAUGUGGGAAAUGGAAACGCAGAGACAUGCCUAUUCUGCUCUUCGUUUUACUGCAACCCCCGACAAAAUCGAGCCGCCAUGCAAACCCUUCCCUGCCCCAAUACCUGCCACACCACCGACGCCGUGUGCUUCUGGUGCUGCCUGCACUUCUCAGCAGCAGCGCUCUGCUUGGUUCUGCCAAACUUCCUAACAGCGUAAAGCCAGAGAAACUAACAUUCCCCAGAGAUAAAGGUUAAACGUGCUUGUUGAGGAUGCCUCCUUGUGUAAUGUUUCUAAUAAAACAUAAAUAAAACAGA